AUGGGUAGAGACCUUGGUGUGAUGAUGGCUGGACCACUCAUGUCAUUGAUAGUGACAACUGCUCUGCAGCUGGCGGCUGCGCAGUCUGUGCAGUGGCCGCAGACUAGCGGAGGUUCUGUGAUAGGAAUCACCCUACCGGCAAGUGCAGGUGGGGCAGCAGUCGACCAGUUUCUCGGCGUCCCAUUUGCAAGGGCGGAGCGUUUUCAACCUCCCGUGGAUUUUCAGGAGACUUACCCAGGAGGCAGUGUGACGGCGACCAUGUGGGGUCCGGCCUGCAUGCAGGUAGCAGGGGAUCCCACACAGACCUACGGCAGCGAGGACUGCUUGAAGGCGAACGUGUGGAGUCCACGCCUUGCUUGGCAGACGAAGAAAAAGCUGCCGGUCAUGGUGUUCAUCUACGGUGGUUCCAAUCAAUUCGGGGAGGCGGAGCCCUACAACAUGAGUGCUCUGGCCGCUUUUCACGAUGUCGUUUGUGUCUCGUUCAACUACCGUACGGGACCGCUGGGCUGGAUGGCUUUCCACGAAGACGUGGAUGCAAAGCGGUCUACGGGCAAUUGGGGCAUCCUUGACAUUCAGAGUGCCCUGCGAUGGGUGCAGAAGGAGGUCGCGGCCUUCGGCGGUGAUGCCUCGCGUGUGGCCAUCCACGGACAGAGCUCUGGGGCAGGUCUCGUGGAGCUGCAGUACGUCUCGCCUCAGUCAGCUGGACUCUUCCAGGGCGCCAUCAGCGAAUCAGGUAGCCUCAGUGCUAUGAACUUGUCUCUCGCCUUGGCAAGCGCAACGAAGAUCGCAGCCAGCUUGGGCUGUGCCACAGCCACCCUGAAGGUAAACAAGACGUGCCUUGCUCGGGUUCCAGCACUUAAUCUCACUAUGACCACUUACUCGGCACCAUGGUCGCCUGUGACGGAUGGCGUUACAUUUCCAUUGGCGCCCCAGGAGUUGCUUCGUUUGGGGCGCGUCAACCCAGCAACCAUUGUCUUGGGGGCGCAGACGAACGACAGCAACUUAUUUCUCUUCCGGGAGCAUACGCAGGACGGCUUGGAUCAGCCGAAUGACCGCCCUGAUGGUGCACUUAAGCCAAUGUCGGACAAGCAGUACGGUGUCUCGACAUGUCAUGGGGCGUGGAGUUGGGCAUGUGUAUGA